AUGAGAAGUACAAUUAAGCCUUUACCAUAAAUUAAUAAUAGACCAUCAAUUGAUGAGGAGGAUUCUUACCCUGGGCGAUUGCACACUAUUUAGAGAAAGUUGAAAUUUGGAAGCAACACCUAUAUCAUUAGUAGUAAUACUACUGUUUCAGAAUCUUUAAAUAAAAAAUAGAAAUAAACCCCUGUGACUGAGUCAUAAUUAUUAAGACAAAUUGAUACAAAGCUAGAAAUGCAUAAGAAAGACAUUGAAUAAAGAAAUGAUAUGAUUAUAUCAAUUGAAAAAGGCUUUGAGUCAAUGAAAUAAGAGUUAGUUAAAGAAAAAAUCUAAAAUGAAGAGAAAUCUAAAUAACUCUAAGAAUUAUAGGCUAGCUAUUAAGCAAUAUAAUUAAGAUUAAAGUAGGCAGGUGAUUCAUCUAAAGUAAAUUUAUAAGCUGAAAAAGAUAGAGAGAAAAUUAAUUCGUUAGAAAUUAGUAUUAAAUAAGCGUAGGCAAAAGAAUAAGAAUUAUUACAGUAAAUAGAAUCUUUAAAUUAAUAAAUAUCUCAGUAUUAAGAAAAAUUAAAAAGUAAAGAAGAAAGUAAUGAAGAAUUUAAGAAGUUAAAAGAUCAACUUCAUAAAGCUGAAGAUUUGUAAAGUAAAAUGGAACAUUAAAUUACUGACAUCUAAAAAAAUAUCGAGAAGGAGGUUAAUGAAAAAAACAAUAUAAAGAAAUAAUAUGAUUAAUAUAGGAAUGAUAGUUAAUUAAAAGAAUAGACUUUGAAUAAAGAGAUAUCAGCUUCAUUGAUAUAAAUCAAAUAAUUAGAAUAAGAAAAGCUUGCAAUCAUGGAAAAUUUAAAGAAAUCUAAAGAUCAAAAUGAUCAAAAUUCGAAAUUAAAUGAACAAAUUUUAAGUUUGAAAUUAUAACUUUCCGAAUUAUCUAAAACAAAAGAUAAAGAAAUUAGUUAAUUGAGACAAAAAAUUGAUGAAUAAUCCAAAAAUUCCAUAGAAUUAAAUAGUCAACUUGAAAAAUUAAAGCAAAGACAACAAGAAUUAUAAUAAUAGUUACAGGAUAAAUUAUAAUAAUUAGAAUCAUUAAGAAAUCAAAAAUAACUGCUAGACUAGCAAAAUCAAAACAAUUAAUCUGAUAUAAAUAAUUUGAAUACGUAAUUAGAAUCAUUGAAAGAACAGUUAUCAAAACCCAAAAAUACAAAAUAAAUUACAGACACAAUUACAUUAUUAGAAAAAACUGAUAAAGAUAUAUAAAAGAAUUUAUCAUGUACAUUUUGUAACAAAUUCAUCAAGUAACCUGUUACUAUAAUUCCAUGUGGGCAUUCUUAUUGUUUUGAAUGCAAAAAAGGAUAUAAUAAAGAAUGUUUUAAGUGCGGACCUAAAUUAAAAAUUGAAGCAAUGUAUAGAAAUGAAUUACUUGAUGAUAUUAUUGCAAUGGUUAAAUUAAUUGAAUAAAGCAUCAACAGCAUGAAAUAAGUUACUAAAUAAUGA